CUGGUUACUCAUUCAUCUUUCAAAAAGCAUCAGAGAAGGAAAAUGCCAGAACCGAAAGCUGCACCCGCGCCGAAGAAAGGCUCCAAGAAGGCUGUUGCCAAGACCCAGCCUAAGGGAGGGAAGAAGCGCAGAAAGACCAGGAAGGAGAGCUACGCGAUCUACGUGUACAAAGUGCUGAAGCAGGUCCACCCCGACACCGGCAUCUCUUCCAAGGCGAUGGGCAUCAUGAACUCGUUCGUCAACGACAUUUUCGAGCGCAUCGCCGGCGAGUCGUCCCGCCUGGCUCACUACAACAAGCGCUCCACCAUCACUUCCCGGGAGAUCCAGACAGCCGUGCGCCUCCUGCUGCCCGGAGAGCUGGCCAAGCACGCCGUGUCUGAGGGCACCAAGGCCGUCACCAAGUACACCAGCUCCAAGUAAACCGAGACCGCCCCCGCUCCGUCUUUACAACACAAAGGCUCUUCUGAGAGCCACCCAAAUACCGCAAAAAGAGUACAAUUCUCAUUUCAGUUCUCUGCACAUUUUAAAAUGGAAAUGUUUAAGAUCCCAAAGAGAGCCACGCUAUCCCUGAAUCUGAAGCACAGGAGUGGCCAAAGAUAGAAGCAGCUUACACACAAGAGGAGUCCUUUGAGCAGGAGUGGUGUGCAAGUCUAAUGCAGGUUACAGAGCUGGCAUGUGUUAAAGAUGAAGAGGUCCCUCAACAGGAAUGUGUUCCUAUUAAAGAGGAAUUCAUAGAGCAGGAAUGUGUCCCCAUCGCAGAGGAACUUCCCCAUGAAAAUCAUGUCUGUACACUUGAGGAGAACAACAAGCUGGGAUCCAACCUGUGUGAUGACUCUCUAUCUGAAUGUGAACUGGGAUUUAGAGCUUCUAAAGUAGAUGAAGGAGAACACGACUCCACUCUAUCACCCCAGUGCAAAAACUCUUCUAGAGGCAAACCACAGUGCAAGAAACACAGAGAAACGACACCCCAAGAAGAGUAUGUGAAGACAUUGAGAACUCACUCAGUUAAAAUCCCUUCUUUACAGGACAGUCACCCACUUACUGUGGAGAGUACAGAGACGGCACAUUCUGUGUGUUUUAACAAUUCUGAAACCCAGGGCAACUUGAAGACCUUGCCUCAUUCUAUUGAAGGUGGGAAGAGUUCCUGUCAAUUAGACGCUCCUGAAACUCACAAGGGAAAUCCCACAGGAGGGACUACGUUUUCCUGGGCUGAUUGUGGGAAGAGUUUCAAUCAUAUAUCACUGCUUAAAAGACACCAGCGCAUUCACACAGGAGAGAAACCUUCCCACAUACAGACCAGUGAUAAGAGUUUCACACAGUUAGGAAAUCUUCAUUCACACCAGCACAUUCACAUAAGAGAGAAACCUUAUCACUGUACUGAGUGUGGGAAGAGAUUAAGUAAUUUAGGAAACCUUAAAAUCCACCAGCGCAUUCACACAGGAGAGAAACCUUAUCACUGUGCUGUUUGUGGGAAGAGAUUCAACCAGUUAGGACACCUUAAAAGACACCAUAACAUUCACAUAGGUGUGUAAUCCUAUCCCUGCACUUAGUGUGAAGAAGUGAAGUCAGUUGCAGACUCUUACAGGACUAGAGAACAUUCUCAGAAAUGCAGACACUUGGGGACAACUAAACAACAGGAGUGCAUUUGACUAAAUACAGAAAUAUUAACUGAAAACAGAAGUGGCUUGAUAAAUCUGGUCACCCCUAAUCACAAUUUGUUCAGAUCAAAAACUCACCAAAAUCUGUGUUCAUCAUGUUGUUGAGCAUUCUGAUUGUGUUACAUCACAUUAGUAAUAUAUUAAAUAGAUUGUUAUUAUGA